AUGGUCAAGAAGUUAUCAUUGAAAUUAAAUGGUAGCAGCUAUGUCUAAGGAAUAUUGUGACUCGAGCCCUUCGUGAAUGCUGUGAUGGAUGAGGCUGUGGAAGUAGCAGCCCGUGGGCGACAGAGCAACAUUGGAGUGAUGAUAAUAGGAGGAAAGAGUAUCAUCACGGUAGAAGCCUUCCAGAGAGUAUGA